UAAUUUGUUAGUGCCCUCUAGCGUUAGUUUGUUUCUUGAGGGCAUUUAAAUACAAAAUGCAUAUGCGUAGGACAUCUAUAAUAUCACUACUAUAAGUUGUUUUGACAGAUCAUAUAGUUAGGUUAGAUUGUAUUAUAAGUAAACAGUUAUUUUAUGUAUCAUAAAAGAAAAAUUGUAUAAAAAAAAUGGAAAACGAUAGCCCUGUAAUAUAUGGACUUGAAUUUCAAACAAGGGCAUUAUCAGCUCAAGCAGCUGAAACAGAUGUUGUCAGAUUUUUAGUAGGAACACAAUCUUUAAAAUUUAAUAAUAAUCAAGUUCAUUUGGUAGAACUGAAUGAAGAAACAGGUGGUUUAAAGACACAGGUGUUUCAUCAUCCUAUUGGUGAAAUAUGGUCUUUACAAGCAUCUCCAACAGAACCUAAUAUAUUUAUUACUUGUUAUAAUAGUUUAAGUGAUGAUGGUUCUUGUCAAAUGAAAGGAGCACUUUGGAAAUUGCCAGAAUUAAAAGAAUAUACAAAUGAUGUCGAAAACCUUAGUAAAUUAGCAGAAAUUGAUACAACACCAUAUGGAACAGAUCUUAAAACUAUUGCUUAUCAUCCUAUGGAUUCAACAAAAGUUGUGUCAGUUGUAGAUAAUAAAUUUGUAUUGUGGGAUUUAGCUGAAAAUGGGCCACAGGUUGUUACUUCUGGCACAUUAGCUGGUAAAAGUCAACCACGUUUCACAAAUGGAAAAUGGAAUCCUCACAAUGGUUGUAAUCAAUUUGUUACUUUAAAUGAAAAUAAUGUUCGUGGAUGGGAUUUCAGAAAUCCUUCUGAAGCAUCUUGGACAAUUUUAUCUGCUCAUUCUCAAAUAAUCAGAGAUUUAGAUUUUAAUGCAAACCGUCAGUACUUUUUAUCUACAUGUGGAGAUGAUGGCUACAUGAAAUUUUGGGACAUUCGAACACCUACAGAACCAGUAUUGUCUCGUAUGGAACAUUCACAUUGGGUGUGGAAUAUUAGAAUUAAUCGAUUUCAUGAUCAGCUAGUAUUAACCUCCAGUAGUGACUCAAGAGUAAUAUUAUGUAGCAUUGCAUCAAUUUCUUCAGAACCAUUUGGACACAUAGUUUCUGCUGAAGAUGAUUGUACACAAAAUGAUUAUAGUUGCAAAAAAGACAAGCUUGAAGAUGGGGUUGUCGGUAGAUAUGAAGAACAUGAAGAUAGUGUUUAUGCAGUUGAAUGGUCAUCCGCGGAUCCUUGGACGUUUGCAUCAUUAAGUUAUGAUGGACGAUUAGUUCUUAACAAAGUUCCCAGGAAAUACAAGUACCAAAUAUUACUUUAAACGAAAUAUUUGUAUAAAGAUAAAUAAAUUUUAUAGAUGU